CUUCACAGCUUCAUCUUCUCAAAUUCACUCUUACGAAUUACAGACUUCUCAAUCAUCAAUAGCCACCAUGAACAAUGGAGUUCUUCAAAAACCCAAAACCCUUUUUCCAAUCCCCUUUGCCCCCACCGCCCCCCUUCACCACCCCAACAAAAUCCACCUUUCUUUUUUCUCAAUCCAACCUCCCAAACUCCAUUUACUCUCAUUUCAUAUCAAAUUACCAUCUGCUUACCCUGUUUUUGCCUCGAGAACGCCAGUUAAAGGCGAAAUCAGCAUGCCUGGAACGGAGAAUUUCGAUUUCGAAGAUGAAUUUGAGGGGGAAUUCGAAGAAGAAGAUGAAGACGAAGACGAAGAGGAGGACGAAGGGAUUGUUGUUCCAUUGAGGAACAUGAGAGAGUGGACUCAGAACAAACCACGAGGGUUUGGUGAAGGGAAAGUUUAUGAUACGAGCAUCGAGGAUAAAUUAAUGGAGGAAUUGGAGCAGAGUAGGGUUGCUCAGCUUGCCAAUGUUACUAACCUCAAGAACAAUCCCGAAGAUGGAAACCCUAAAGGAAAGCUUCCAAAACAGAAAGUGAAUGAAGUCGCUCCAAAUGGAGUUCGUGUACGAUUGGUUCACCUUCCUAAGAAAAAGAACAUUCACAGAGACUUGCAAGCGGCUUUUAAACCGUUUUCUGGAAUUACCAACAUAAUUCCAGCCGUUUCUGGGAACGAAAAGACCAGGGAACCUGUUUGCAAGGGCUUUGCCUUUGUUGAUUUCAAGUCUGAGAAGGAAGCAAACAGAUUUGUGAAUACGUUUUCUACACAGCCCAUUGCUUUUGGCAAGGUUCAGAAGCAAAUCAAAUGUGAGAUAAUGAAAUCAAGCUCCCCGAAUCCAGUUUUGAUUAAACCGUCCGUUCAUAAAACAGGAAACCCUCUUCCAAUUUCGGAUCCUGUUACUGAAAUACCAUUAGACCCAUACGUGGAGGAUGCUGCUUUCGAUAAGUUCAGUAAUGGCGAUGAUACAAGAGAUGAUGAUCUUGUAUCAAUAACCAAUGAUGAGGAUGAUGAGAAACCGAAAAAUCAUGAUGAUGUGGUUCAAGAAAAACAGGAACCUGAAACAGGUUCAGAGCCAUCAAAGAAACCGAAGAAAGUUAGAGAAAAGGGGAAGAAGGUGAUGACGGCUAAACGGAAAGGAGAGAAUACACCGAAACUGAACAUUCCCGGAUCUGCAAACAGGUUGAAGAUGAAGGAGAAGGCUUUGCUUUCUGGUGUUUUUUCAAAAUAUGGUGGCAAAUCUGCCAUGGCUGUUGCCAAAGGAACAGAGGUGGUUGCUGAUCAAGUUCAGUGAAAGAAAGAGAUUUUGUUUUUUGUAUUCUGUAGAAAUAUGAGAAUCUUGGUGACUGUUCAUUGUAGUGGUAAAGUUGAAUAGUUUGAUAUUCAAUGUUUUUGACUUUCCAUUGAUUCUUUAUUUUAAGCAGUGUUUUAAAAGGCUGGUUACGAAUAC